GAGUUAUGUAGAAAAACAUUUUGGGCGAGAAGAUUUUCGUUUUCGUUGCGAUUCAGUUAACAUUUGGCCAGCGGAUUCCGCCCUCAACGGACACGACGACGGACGCGCUAGCGGAGUUUCCACUUUCAACUUUCCACAUUCCACUCCACUGCUGCUGGCCAUAUGUACAGUUAGCCUAAGAGCCAAACCGGAAACGACAGUGACAGCAGCUAACGGUCAGCGCUGAAGGAAAACGCCAGCGGAAACGAAAGAAAACAAAUAUAAAGUUAAAUGCAAAUGCAAUUGCCAAGUGAAGCUAGUAAAGCGCCAAAUCGAACACAGUUCCUGAGCAAAAUAGUCAAAUAAAACAGUGUUGCGUCCUCUAAAUUAAGUGAAACGUGAACUUUAACUCCCGAGAGACUACAGUGAACACUCACAAAAAUGCACACCAGCACGGAUCCCAUGCACACUCUGCACGAUAGUGUCUCCCUUUCGCCGCCGCUUAUAAAGAGCUCCAGGGGUGGCCCCUCCGGAAUGGGAUGCAGUGCAUCCUCACGUGCCGCCGCCGCAGAUGCCAUGUCCAUGGGUUGCGAUGACAGCGACAUAGAGCCGUCGGCCAUCGGCGGUAGUAGUGCCGGCGGCGGAGACGGAUCUGGAUCCUCCGGCGGUCCUCUGGUAAAGCCACCUUACUCAUACAUCGCCCUCAUCACCAUGGCCAUUCUUCAGUCGCCUCACAAGAAGCUUACUCUCAGCGGGAUCUGUGACUUCAUCAUGUCACGCUUUCCGUACUACAAGGACAAGUUCCCCGCCUGGCAGAACUCGAUCCGUCACAAUCUCAGCCUGAACGACUGCUUCAUAAAGGUGCCCCGCGAGCCUGGAAAUCCGGGAAAGGGCAACUUCUGGACGCUGGACCCGCUGGCGGAGGACAUGUUCGACAACGGCAGUUUCCUGCGCCGCCGGAAGCGGUACAAACGCGCUCCAACCAUGCAGCGAUUCUCCUUUCCGGCGGUUUUUGGAACGCUGUCUCCAUUUUGGAUCCGCAAGCCAGUGCCCCUCGUCCCGGUGCACUUCAAUGUGCCCAAUUUCAAUGGGAACAGGGACUUCGACGUGGUUCACAACCCGGCGGAUGUCUUUGACUCAGCUCUGCGGGCGGACAAGAAGUUUAACUUCUUUGCAAAUGCAGAGGCAUCUUUCUACCAGGGAAGCCAAUCGGGUGACAAGUUCGACCGGCUGCCCUUCAUCAAUCGCGGUCGAGGUGUGGAUGCCUUGGAUGCACUGCCUCACAGCAGUGGCUCUGGAGGAGGAGCAGGUGGGGGAAGCGGUGGAUCCGAGGGCGGUCGCGGCAUCAAGUACAAAAGCCCCUACGCCUUUGAUGUGGCAACUGUGGCCAGUGCUGCGGGCAUCUCCAGCCACAGGGAUUACGUCGAUAGACUUUCGGGUGGUGGCUACAUGGAUCUCAAUGUGUACAACGACGAUGCGGACACAGAGGCCGACGCGGAGGCCGAUGGAGACGACGACUCCUGCGAGGAUAAGAUCGACGUGGAGAGCGGCAACGAGCAGGAGGAUUCACACAUCUCCGAUUCGGUGGACAGUGUCUGUACAAAUCGCCUGGAUGCCCCGCCAGAUGCGCUGACCUUCGAGAAUGCGGAGGUGUCCGGCAGCUCGCCACCCGGAAUCAGAUCCAGUCCAAGGACUCGCUUCGAUAGUGAGCCCCUCGUCCUGCGGACCAGCAAGCAGAGCAGCGCCAAGGACUUCCGCAUCGAGACACUGAUUGGCCACCACCUGCAUCACGGUGCUAGCCAGGAGGAGGCCAGCGACUAGGCGGGAUUCCCUUCGACCAUCCGGAGCUUCCCCCAAACCGAUUGGCUUGUGUACAGUCCAUUGAAAGGUGAUUUCUGUUUCGAUCUAAGCACGUUUUAACACUCAACCCACUCCACGAAUGGAAUCCGAGCAGCAAGUAGUGAUCAGUAGGUGUAUCUGUAGGAUGUAGGAGCCAGCACACCAGUUUUUAAAUGCGACCAAAUCAAAGCCAACGCUAUAGUUGCCAGUCCACUUACGUACUAUACAUAUAUCGGCGCGUAUAUCUAUGUGAAUCUGAAGCAUUGCACAUUUAUAGCAUACUUUUAACGCGAAUUCUAGGGAUCCGGACCCGGUUUCUGGACUCUAGACCUAUAUCUAUCAUGCAAGUACUAAUCAUGUGUAAGUGUGCGUGUGUGUGCGUGUAACUGUAACACAUCCAAGCAAGAGGAACACUAUUAACUAUAAUUAGACUAAGAAUUUUGCUGAUGUUAUUGAAAAUUGAA